AUGAAGUCGCUUGCCGACUCUGCGACAGCAGCUAUAAAGUGGGUCCACAACUUAGCAGGUCUGCAUUCUCCUACCGAUAACCCAAUGGUCAAGCUCGCCCUGCAAGGUUUCAAACGCGCCACAUCUUCACCGACACUAAGAAAGCAUCCGAUCACCCCGGAUAUUCUGAUGAAGAUCUACGAGAAAUACGGGCAUGACCAUGCUUCUCUAGCAGAUCUACGGGUUUUGUUUGCGUGCUUCAUUUCUUAUGCUGGUUUCUUGAGAUUUGAUGAUCUGAAAAAUAUUUCCAAUAACGACCUCACAUUCACAUCUGAUCGUCUCGUCAUUCAUCUCGCGAGCUCAAAAACAGACCAAUUUAGACAGGGGUCUGAUGUCGUUAUCGCUAGAUCAUUCAAGCAAUCAUGUCCAGUUCGUGUAGCUGAGAGAUAUCUUGCAGCCCUCCGAGAUCCUCCGGGCUCGCUUCUACCUGUCCUUCGUAGACUAUGCUCAUCUACCAAAGGUUUAACUCCUACCGUUCACCCUCUCAGUUAUACCCGUACCCGUGAAAUAGUGCUAGACGCCAUCAAGCCGUUUGUAACUGACAUCUCAGCUUACGGUCUCCACAGCAUGAGGUCAGGAGGGGCAACUGCAGCCUUAAACGCCAAUGUCUCACCUUUUCUGAUUUCGAGGCACGGACGAUGGAAGUCGACAAAGGCCAGGAACGCUUAUUUACAACCCGACGCCAAGUCUGACCUCAUACCUUCACAGAGCCUCGGAAUUUGA